AUGCAAGCCAACUAUGCCGACCACCCGGCCAACUUGGUGGAUGGUUCCUUCCGAGCUGGACGAGCCUUGCAAGGCACGCUGCAAGCCAAGCAACCUGGGCGGGCCUGGGCCUUCUUGCGCGAAAUUUUGUCGGAGACGCUCGAGGCCGACUUUGAAGCACAGGCAGAGAGGCGGCUCCUGGAGCCCAAAAAAACUCUGGCCAGGUGCAUCACCAAGCUGCCACACUUCGGAAGCCUUGCCUACAUUUCCUUUCGCGCGGUCUUCUUGGAGCUCAGCUCUUGCCUCACUCAUUUCGCGCAGAACUCUGCCAUAUUCCUGGACACGGCCCCGAUCGUGACCGUUCACUCCAGCCAGAUGUCACGCGAAUUGUCUGAAUCUGUUCGUGACAUGGAUGCAGGUAGCUCGUUCGAGGCAGUGCGUGAAGCUGAAGAGGCAAGCGGCGAGGCAGUCACGGACGGCGAGCACGUUGCGACGAGGCCGCAGCAGGCAGCAGGCAAAUUGCCGACUGCAGCCUUUCACAGAAGCCACUCACCGGCAAACGUCCGCAACUCGCUGCAAGCGUAA